CGUUGAUCUAUGUGGGGAUUUUGCUCACAGCCUUUGUGAUUUUCUCCGUUAGAUACCGGGCGAAGAAAGUCGCCAAGUUGAGCCAGAUGGAUUCGAUCUUUACAGAGAACUUAAGCAAGCGCAUGUACCUUGACUUGAAGCAACUGGAACAAAAGGUGAAUGAUAAGGUGUUGAAGGCGGCGUUGAUGAGACGUGGCGCCGAGUCCAUCAGAAGAACUUUAAAGUUGAGAGAAAUUACACCGCACUUUCUGGCCCUCUAUCAGCAGGGCUCCAUUGGCGAUGAGCUCUUCAAGAACUUUGAGAUCCACAGCAGGUUGCAAGAGGAGGAAUUGAAGGAAGUUGCCAUGGAGGCUGAAUCGAUCCAGCAGGGCUGGGCCACCACCUUCUUCCCGAUCGUCCAGGAAAUCUGUUUCAACGAGGCAUUGAGAAGGAGAUUGAACGUUUUGGACGACAGAGGUGUCGAAUUGAACAAGUUGUGGAAUGGGUUGCAUGCGACUGCCACCGCAACCGCUGCUGAGUUAUAGCCGUAGUAGUUAUGGCCUUAGUUGUUUAAUAAACGUACAGUGAAAUAUGUGUAAAACACUGGCGGACCGAAGAUAUGGGUUGGAGUUUCAACGUUUUAGAUGCUCAAAGGAGUGAUUCAAUGGUUAACUUUUUUCCCAAACGAACGUACUAGUUAAAGGCCGACAGUAAUGUAACGGGACA